AUGUCAACGCGCGUCCCAUCCGUUAUCACGACUUCACUGCUGGCUGUUAGCGUCGUAUUUCCCGUCCUCAGUUUGUUCAGUGUCUUCCUGCGAUGGGCCGCCAGGAGGAAGACGAAAGCCGGAUGGCGUUUGGAUGAUUGGGUCAUUGUGGCAACCUGGAUCAUCACCGCAGGUGUUUCUAUCAUCAUAUGGGCAUCCAUCGAUGGUAUAGGCAUAGACUAUCUAAAAGUUGAUCCCAAGAUAGGCGCCAAGCGGUCAGCUACUUGCGUUUGGAGUCUCACACUCUUGAUGCAAGCUGCUCUCGCGACCGUUAAGAUCGCCGUCCUGCUAUUUUACAUGCGCAUCUUUGAGUCACCUAGAUUUAUCAUGGCAGCAUGGGUUGGAAUUGGGAUCGUAAGCGCAUGGGGUAUUGUCGCAGUAGUUUGCCAUGCCAUCCAGGGAGAUCCGAUAUCCUCGUCUUGGAGUGGCGGUGGUACCUUCCGCAUGGAUCCGGUGAUGCUUAGUUUGGCGCGUGCUGGUAGCUCUUUGGCCCUGGACAUUGUCAUUCUAGCCUACCCGAUUCCCAAAAUCGCGAAGCUACACAUUCCCCCCCAGCGGAAGGUUGCCGUCACCUUGAUUUUUGCGCUUGGUGGUUUCUGUUGCGUUGCCGCUGCUGUGCGUCUCGCGUUCGUCAAAAAGACAGUUGCAUUAGGAGCGAAGUCGAAAGCGAGUGGAUUUGCAGCUAUCGCGACUCAAUCCCAAACACUUAUCUGGUGCAUCAUCGAGCCCAACUGCUCCAUCAUCGCAGGGUCGCUUCCCUGCUACGGUCCUCUCGCUCGUGGUCGAGCGCCCGAAUCGAUUAUACGAUCGGUUAGAUCCGUUAUAUCUCUGGCAAGCGGAGGGUCAAACCGCAGCAACAACUCCAACCGUAGCAAUCAUUCCAAGCCAUAUGUCAACGGCCAGGGAGAUGGAGUAACAGUGAAUAAAGGUGCCAAGACCAUCAGCGACAGCGAAAUCGAGCUCAACGAAAUGAGCAGGACGACCGAUAGUAUCGAUGGCUCUGUCCGAGAAUGGGAACACACGGGUGGUCAUACUGAUGCCCAUAUUGAUUCUAGCUCGACGCAGACUCCCGAGGAAAUUCAUCCGGAUGGGAUCAAAGUCACUCGGACAUAUGCAACAACAGGUCACGAUCAGGUGUGA